UGGGUUGGCAGCAGUCCCGGGGUUUUCAUCUUGAUCUGGAGGGAGGAUGACUGGGGUUGCACCUGUAUCCGUGGGCCGUUGUGCUGUCACCGGUAGUGGAAGGGUUGAUGGGGUUGGGUGGAGGACAGUUUGGUGUCGUUGCUGCUGCUGCUCUCUUCGCUCCGGAGCUUGCACCAGCCAGAUUUCAAUCUGAAAUUUCAUUCCCAGAAAGCUAACGCCGAAGAAUGCUAGGAAGGAGGUAGCUGUAAGUAGCAAAAAUGAGGUCUCCGAGUAUAGCUCUAUAAGCAUAAAAGACAUAAACAACGCGUCUCCCAUUGACAUCAUAGCAAUGGUAUAGAAGCUAACUCGGCUUCGAGUUGAAGGUGUCGAGGAUUCCUUCAUCUGCUUCAUCAACAACAGUAUCUGCGAGGCAAGUAUUCCAGCAACUAAUGUGAUAAAGCGUCCAGUAUAUUUACUAUAUUCUUCUUGUUUCAACCCGACUAAGUAUAACUCGUCUGUAGGGGGGUAUUCUGGCGACGCUUUACUUUCGAGGACAAAUCCACAAUCUGGAGAAAAUAUAAUACCAGAUAAUACCAGUGGUGACGGCUUUGGGAUAGGUGCUCCUGUGGGAAAUCUGAGUUCCUGCUCAAUAUUUUCUAUAAUGGGGUCUGGGAUGGGCUUCCCUCGGGAUAGUAGGACAUGUUGCUGCAGGUAUACAACAUAUUCGCAGUUGGGGGCUGGUAGAGAUGCCGAAUUAGUUCCUUGGGAGAGAGACGACCAAGGCAGAAAGGUACUCAGAUGACUGGACCUCUCCGAAAGAGCUUCAGUGAGCGAGUUGUUAAGCAAUUCACGAGAGAGUUCAAACGUGUCAUUCGACAAAGUUAAAUGGGGUAUCAAUGCAAGACCAGCGUACUUCUCGCUUGUAGUAGUAAGAAUAAUUCCCCCGGAUGUUGGAAAGUGUACACCGUAUAGGGGUACUACCCAGCUCUCUCCAAGAGAUUUAUCAGUCCGUAAAAGCAUCUCCGCUUUGAUCUCCUCAACACCUUUGCCAUCCUCACCAACUAGGCUGUGUCCUUGGCCCUCGUGAAGAUUCAGCACAACACGGCCAUUGGGAGCGGUAACAUUGUGGCCAAAUUCUCGAGUGAAAUACUCAUGCUCGGCUAUUAUUGUAGUGAGGUUGAGUUCCGGUCGGCUCAGCCUGUCCGUUUCCACAGAGCGAACCCAUUCACCACGAACAUUGCCCGAGACAUUGCGGUAAACUGGAAGGGAGAGAUCGGUGAUAUUCGUCUUCGAAGAUACCGAAUCUGACGUUCCAGAAGCACUGAGAGCUAGCUGUAACUGCUUUCUAGCCUUUUCUUGGACAGAUGGAAGCAGGUUCCACGCAUACCCAUCUGUGGUCCUGAUGCCGGCAAGGGAAAGCCAUCGACCAGCUUGGGGAUCCAAAUCUCCAUAACUCGACGAAUUCAAUGAAGUGAGAGCACUCUCAUCGUCUGCUAAUCGACGUUUAUAAUCGCGUACGGAGACCGAAGAUGGCGGGUGAGGGUUUGGAGCCGUGAAGAGGAAGAAGAGGAGGAUGAAGAUGAAGGCACCACGACGCCCAUCCAUGGAGGCUGACGGCCGGGAAGCUUAGCCGGCCGGUCGUUCAAGUCUAAAAUCCAUGUCCUGCUCCCCGUCUUAGAGCUUCCGUUGGCCUUCUUCUUGCGACGUUGCUCCAAGGUCGGAUGCUUGAAACGUUGCUGUUGAUGUUGGGCGUGGAGGCUGCAGCGAUUAAAUCUAAAAUAGUCGCGGCAAGAUCGCCAAGCGCCAAAGGAGAUAAGAUCAACUUCGCUCCAUGACGCUUGCCAUAAUAUGCCACAUAACACCAAGCCACCCUUCAAUUAUGGAUUCGCAAUGACUGCGUGACAGCUGUCCCUCACACGACUCACACAGAUAUAAUGCUUUUCAAGUAGAGACAGCGAUCUAUUUGUUUCCUUCCUGCACGAAUACGUGGUGGCAGCUUGCCUGGAUUGGCCAUCAUGGCUUCAGGGCUCCCUAUCCCACUCCCUCCCCGGACGCCUAGUCCACCGCUGGAUAAUAUUACCUCUUCUCCGGCGGGGAGCGUUUCCAUGGGAUACCAAAGGCAAGGAUCUCUUGAGCCCGGUGCCCUCCCAUCGUUGACAGACACCCUUCCUUCAGGGUCCUCAGAUGCAUCAUGGAACUCGUAUAGGCGGCCAAGUCUAGACGUUCCAAGCCCGUUCAAUUUCAAGCCUACGACUCUUGCAAAGACCCCGGUUCUAAAACCAAAUGUUGGGCAGCGCCGGGGCCACAAAUACAAGCACAGCAGUGUGUCUCACCAGAUCUUUCUUGAACCGCCGCCGAGAGCACCAUUGGCACUCCCAAAUUCAUUGCCGAUUCCAACUUUCGUCGAAUACCGCAAGAGCAUGUCCCGAGAUCAGAAGGCUCGGUUUUGGUGGAGUUUGUGUCAUAUGGCAGUGGCAGGAUAUACACUAUGGAGUGCUCACGGCUCAAUGGCCAUGACUGGUCUUUCGCACUUAAUGCUCUUCGACUCUCUUGGGGCAAUGUUGUGUGUGGUGGUAGAUAUCCUUGGAAAUUUUGAAGUCUGGAAAAGGUCCAGCAUUCGACAUCCAUUUGGGCUAGAAAGAGCCGAAGUGGUUGCUGGUUUUGCUUUAUCCGUCCUUCUAUUCUUCAUGGGAGGUGACUUGGUAUCCCAUACCGUGCAACAUGUACUUGGCGGCUCUCAUCAUGCACACCCCCACAAUGAGCAUGAACGGGUAACUCCAGGUAGCAUUGAUAUGACGGCACUCCUUUCAAUUGCUGCAACUUUGAUUUCAGCCAUCGGGCUCAAAAAUCAUGGACGAAUUGGCAAGGCUAUGCGUGUCACCUAUAUACAAGCACUACCCUCCUUACUCAGCAACCCUGCUCAUUUCCUUACUCUAUCGUGUUCCACCCUCCUUCUUUUACUCCCUUUGAUAUCAACUUCAUUUUAUUCGAUGCUUGACCCGGUUAUUUCCUUUACUCUAGCCUUUUCUAUGUGUUCCCUAGGGAUUCGUCUAGUGGUGAACCUAGGCUCUAUGCUCCUCAUGUCUUAUGCAGGACCUGGCGUUUCUGCCGUCAUGAAGGACAUUGCCGCACACCCAUCAGUCACAACCGUUGAGGAGGCGCGCUUCUGGCAAGUCCACUAUGGCUUGUGUAUGGCCAAUCUCAGGCUGAGAGUGAGUGGCUCAGAGGAAGCGAUUACCCUUCUCAGGGAGCGGAUAGUCAAUAUGAUCAAGCAGCGUCUUGGAGGCGAGUAUGGCACUGGAGUGCAAAAGUGGGAGGUUUCUUUACAAUUCAAUGUUGACUCAACAUGACCCCGUACUUUGUUUAUGAUCUCCUUAUUAUAUACUUAUGGCAGUUGAAUAACACACGGUCUCCUAGCAACCAUGAAAUCUCUGCUGGAAACUUCCAUCACAAUAAACAAAGCACCCAGGAUUGCCCGUUUUUCCUAGCUAAAAAGAACUUUCUUGCUUUUUCAGCGACCUUUGCUCAAGGUACCUUGUUGCUGCUAGUCGUUGGCGUUUAAGACUUGGAGAUGGUACCG